AUGUCAACUAUCCAAAACUUAAACGCAUUUGACCCAUUCGCCGACACUGGUGAUUCAGAAGCUCAGCCAACAAACUACAUCCAUAUUCGUAUCCAACAACGUAACGGUAGAAAAACUUUAACCACUGUGCAAGGUGUCCCUGAAGAAUAUGAUUUAAAGAAAAUUUUAAAAGUUUUGAAGAAGGAUUUUGCCUGCAAUGGUAACAUUGUUAAGGACAGCGAGAUGGGUGAUGUCGUCCAAUUACAAGGUGAUCAAAGAACCAAGGUUUCUGAGUUUUUGACUACUCAGUUGCAAAUUCCUAAGAAGAACAUCAAGAUCCACGGUUUCUAG